AUGGGAGCCUCCAAACGCUGGGCUGUCAAGGUCCAAGACCACCCUGGUUCGACAGCCGAACAAAUCGCCAAUGAGCCCAAUUGGAGCACCGGCCAUGAACAUCGCGUUGGGUAUAGGAAUAAGAGCAAUCGCUUGCCUGGAAUUACCCACAAGCAUGAGGACUAUAGUCAGGAAAUUGAAGACGCUCUGAAGGAGAGGAAGAAGCUACAGUUGGACGUAGAAUCCGGCAAGCUGGUCAACUUUCGGGACGUCAUUCAAAGUCAAGAGGAUUUCCAUCUCAGACACCCAGAAAAUAAGUCUCUUGGCUGGCGAUACGUUCUAGAAACAACUGAAGAUUGGGUCAAGCACGGUCAGAAAUGGCCAAUAAAUGUCAAACACGACCAAGAUCAAAAGCAGAAGCAAACCAAUGAGGACCAUUCUCAAGGCUCAGGAGAGAAAAUAGAGAAACCGUCGCAAACCGAGCACGAAUGGAGGCGUGAUGAGGACACUGGGAAACAUCACGAUGCGUACGCAUCAGAGAAACCGACAAAAGACGGCAAAGGGGACAACAAUACAGAAAAGGACGACCUUUCGGAAAAGUACACCGCGCAGGAACUGGCGCUUCUUCGGGCCCUGGAGUACGAGAAGGACUAUAUUUUCAGCUUAAAGGAAAACGACGGCCGCAAACAUUCUCCCCAAAAGCCAAAACAGACGGAGCUAUCAAUAGAUGAGCAAGACCAGUUCAGCCCAGAUAAUUGGGUGCCGCGAUCGUCCCAUCUUAUUCGACUCACGGGAAAGCACCCAGUAAAUGCCGAGCCUCAACUAGAUCACCUCUUUGAUGCUGGACUCAUCACUCCCAACGAACUUCACUAUGUCCGAAACCACGGUUCCGUCCCCAGACUACUCUGGGAAUACCACGAGCUUGACAUCGAAUACAAUGGGCGGGUAACCAAGAUCAAUAUGAAAGACCUGACUUCCUUUACCUGUAUCAACAUCCCCGUCCUAUUAGCAUGCGACGGUAAUAGGAGAAAGGAACUAAACAUGAUCAAGAAGAGCAAAGGGUUCGGUUGGGGGCCCGGCGGCGUUAGCUGUGCCUAUUGGAAAGGUCCCUUACUCCGCGAUGUCCUCCGCUCAGCUGGCGUGCCGGAAAUUCUAUCGCAUGAUAAGCGGCAUUGGGUCAACUUCGAAGGCGCAGAUGAUCUCAGCGACGGCAAGUACUCGACAUGUAUCCCGUACGAAUACGCGAUGGAUCCGCAAAACGACGUUAUUCUAGCCUACAACAUGAACGACGUUCCUCUUCCCCCGGACCACGGAUAUCCCGUUCGCCUCAUUAUCCCCGGAUAUGUUGGAGGCAGAUGUGUCAAGUGGCUGAAGCGAAUAUGGAUCAGUGACAAGGAAAACGACUCACAUUACCACAUCUGGGACAACCGAGUUCUUCCCUCUUUUGUCACAGAGAAGGACGGACCCUUUGCUGAAACUCUCUUCAAGCAUCCCGACACGGCCUGCAACGAGCAAAACCUCAACUCAGUCAUUGUCAAGCCAGCACAGGGAGAAACUAUACCACUGGCAAAGGCUAAGAAAGGUAACAGCUAUCGAAUAGAGGGCUUUGCAUAUGACGGCGGCGGCCACCAGAUUCAACGAGUAGAAGUGUCCUUGGACAACGGUAAAACGUGGCUAUACUGCAUCCGUCGCUUUUCCGACCAUCCCAUCCGCCACGGCAACAAGUUUUGGGCCUGGGUGCAUUGGUUCGUCGACGUUGAAAUAUCUCACUUGCUGAGGGCGGACAGCAUCACCGUUCGCUGUUUCAACGUCUUCAAAAACACGCAGCCCAGAGACGCCAAUUGGAAUAUAAUGGGCAUGAUGAAUAAUUGUUGGUAUGUUGUACGCCCGGAAAUUACAUACGAGGACGAUUCAGGGGAACCCGCCAUAUUAUUCAGACACCCUACAGAGCCGGGUACCGGAGAUGGCGGAUGGAUGAAGCCAAGUGUUGAGAAUACUAUAGCCAAAGUCCGCCAGGAAGCCGGCGCGCCUCAGAAGCAGUUCACCCGCGAGGAAAUUGAGAAGCAUGAUAAGCAAGAUGACUGUUGGAUAGUCGUCGAUGGCAAGAUUUAUGAUGCAACGAGUGUUCUGGAGUGGCAUCCAGGUGGUGCGGCUGCUAUUUUGGGCCACGCAGGAAAGGUUCAUAAGGAGACGAGUGAUGAAUUUGCCAGUAUUCAUGAUGACUAUGCCUACCAGAAGCUUAAAGAAUGUGCUCUUGGUGUCGUCACUGAGAAGGCGGCUAACUACAUCAAGAUGAAUGCAGAAUCGUCAGCUAAAGAUGCGGCGAGCUCUCAACUGCAAAAAGAGAAAAUCGCACUCCAAAAGCACAGAUGGAUUCCGGUGACAUUGGUCAAUAGAAAGCAACUCUCCCGAGACACAAGAAGCUACACGUUCCGUUUGCCCGAUAAUAGCCAUGUGUUGGGAUUAGGUACCUGCCAACACGUCCAAAUUGGCUUUCACCUACAAGAUAGAAUGCUAGUCCGCAGCUACACGCCAACACGACCCCUUUUGCCUUGUCCAAACCUUCAGAACGGGCAUAGCCAGCGUGGCAAGAAGGAGACGUCUCCGGAAGACGGCCACGGGACGUUUGAACUCACAGUCAAGACAUACUUUCCCGACGACAAUCAACCUGGCGGUGCCUUGUCAAAUAUCCUUGACUGCAUGCCUAUUGGCGAAGAAGUGGAACUCAAGGGUCCCACGGGGGAAAUCGUCUACAACGGCAAUGGGAACUUUAUCAUUGAAGGCAAGGAACGUCACUUUGACAAAGUCUCCCUUGUGCUCGGCGGAUCUGGUCUUACACCUGGCUACUCCCUCCUGGCGCGGAUACUACUCACAAAGGGAGACAAGACGCAAAUUAGGGUUGUUGACGCAAAUAAGAGUGAGGGUGACAUCUUGUUACGACAAAAGCUGGAUGAGUUUAAACGCAAUUCCAAUGGCCAGCUUCACAUUACACAUGUUUUGAGCCACCCCAGUGACAAAUGGGACGGGUAUAAGGGAUAUAUUAACGCAGAUAUUAUUAGAGAAAGCCUCUUUGAACCCGCGGAAGAAGCUGUUACGUUCCUCUGCGGUCCUCCGGCUAUGAUUCAAAAGGCGGCGCUACCGGCUCUGAGAGACUGGGGUUACGUGGAAGACGAAAACAUGUUCGGAUUCUAG